UGUGUGUUAAAAGCGAUUAGGCUCCACAGUUUCGCCUUAUUUGGUCCCUCUACACGCUUUCACUUGUGGAGAAAAUAAUUUUAUAGUCUGAGGAAGGGAAAUGAGGAAUCCAAAGAAAGCUAAAGCCAAAUCUAAAGGAAAGGCAAAGCCGAAGACAAAGAAGGAGGAGGAGAUGGAGUGUGACGAUGAUCCAUCACCAGCGGCGGCUAAGGUAUGGCGCCCAGGGAUCGACCCCAUGGACGCGGAUGAGGAGUUGGAAUACGACCCCACGGCGUACGACUGCCUGCACCGGUUCGAGGUCGACUGGCCGUGCCUGAGUUUCGACAUUCUCCGCGACGACCUGGGCGGCCCCCGUAGCGCCUUCCCACACACCGUCUACCUCGUCUGUGGCACACAAGCCGCCACGGCGCGCCAAAACUACGUCGCCUUCCUCAAACUAGCACAGCUGGGGCAGGGGCGGCACGGCAAGAAGGCCGCCGCCUCCGACGACGAGGAUUCAGAUGACGACUCGGACGAUUCCGACCUCUCUGACUCCGACUCUGAUGCCCUAGACGAGGACAAGGCGGGCGCCGAGGGCGAUAAAGAGCGCGCCGGCACAGGCGACGGCGACGAUGGCGACAAAAUGGAGGAUGAGGACGGCGAGGGACGCCCCCGCCGCGGCCGCGCACGGGCCCGCGGCGGCGCCGGCGAGCCGCCCGCCACCUUCCACUACCGCCGCAUCGCCAUGCCCUGCGGCGUCAACCGCGUUCGCUCCAUGCCGCAACAACCCGCGGUGAUUGCGGUGUGGGGCGACAACGCGCAAGUCAAGCUCUUUGACGGCUCCAAGCUGGUUUCGGAGCUGGCGUCGGAGACGGAGCCCACCGCUGCCAUCCUGGGUAAGAGCGGCCGGGGCAAGCCGCAGGAGCUGAAGCCGCUGGCGUCGCACAGCCACUCCAGCGAGGGCUACGCGCUGGACUGGUCGCGCGUGAAGGCGGGGCGGCUGGCGAGCGGCGACAACCGGCAACGGAUCCAUGUGUGGGAGCCGGCGGAGGGCGGCAAGUGGGCGGUCGGCGGGGCGCAUACGGGCCACGAGGGUGCCGUUGAGGACAUUCAGUGGAGCCCCUCCGAGGAGACCGUCUUCGCCUCCUGCAGCACCGACCACUCCAUCCGCAUCUGGGACACACGCGAGCGCGGGCGGCCCAUGCUCACCGCCGCCGGGGCGCACGCCACCGACGUAAACGUCAUCUCCUGGAACCGCGGCGUGUCGUACAUGCUGGCCUCGGGCGCGGAUGACGGCUGCGUGCGCAUCUGGGACCUUCGGAACUUUGCGGGAUCAUCUGGGUCAGGGUCAUCUGGGGCAUCUGGGGGUCCGACGCAUGUGGCGCAGUUCUUGUACCACCGCAGCCAUGUCACGAGCGUGGAGUGGUGCCCCUACGAGAGCAGCAUGCUGGCCUCGUGCUCAGCGGACAACCAGCUGGCGGUGUGGGAUCUGGCACUGGAGCGGGACCCCGAGGAGGAGGCGGCGCUGGCGCCCGAGGGCAAUGCGGCGGCGCCGGAGGACUUGCCCGCGCAGCUGCUGUUCCUGCACGCGGGGCAGUCCGACCCCAAGGAGCUGCACUGGCAUGCGCAGAUUCCCGGCAUGAUUGUGUCGACCGCGGGAGAUGGGUUCAACCUGUUCAAGGCGUCGAACAUGUAGUGAGGUGUGGGGGAAGGGAAUGGGGUGGGAGGGGGAGAGAGGUGUUUUGGGAAUGUGGAAGGGCGGCCCUUGUGUGGGAACGCAAAAGGGGAGCAUGCGGGACGGGUGAAGGAGGACUGGAGCGGGGUUGGAUACGGGGUCAGGUCCUGACUCCUGAGUGACGGACAUAGGGUUAGAGAGGAUGGUGCAGGGAUGUUGUGGAAUAGUUGCAUAGUUGCACACGACGCGGAGGUGGGCUUCCGCUUGCUGGCAGCAUGUGGGAAGUCCGAGCUAGGGCUGCGGGAGGUUUCCUUACUACAUGUAACCCGCCAUCUGUAAGGAUAAUCGGUAUGGCAUGGGAACGCGGAGCAGUUGACACGGCAAACUUAGAAGGCCGCAAGGCCUUCUCCACUCACGCGGGGGCAGUGUCCUAUUGGUGUCAUAUCUCAUAUGGACGGUACAGGGGCGAAAGAGAGGAGGCGCACAGCCGCGUUAGCGUAUCUGUUGCGCGAUGGCCCAAGGGCGGUAUACGAUGUGGCUGACGCUAGGAGCGUGGGGCUUCGAGAGCACCAGGCAAGCCUUCUCACUGUACACUACGUUGCUCUCCGCCGUGCGAUCCAGGGUCCCUUCGGCACGGGCCUGGGAGGGGCGUUGAACUUUUGUUGUUUGGUUUGAAUUGGUCUCCUAGCGGUGCCUUGGAGAGGAGGUC